CUGGUUUCCCCAGCGCGGGUGAGUCUGGUUGUUCUUUCCUGCCUUGUCCGUUUCUUCACCCACAUCACGUCUCACACCUUGCAAGCCUCGUCCUUGAUACUGAGCUGCCCUCUCAAUUCAAAACCGGGUGUCCCUUCGUUAUCCAACUCGUCUUUUGCCCAAGCAGCCGGUCUUCUACGAUCAAAAGAGAAUCACCCUCAUUUUCCCAACCAAGUCCUCGACAAAAGUCCCGAACUCAACCACAACUCCAAUCAAGAUGCGCUCCUUCGUUUUCUUCGCCGCACUUCCUCUCCUUGCUUCAGCUUGGAACGAACACAUGCUGUUGCCUCGUCAAUCAUCGGGUAAUGGAACCAUUUGUGCAGAUAGCGACAAAGCCUGCGGAGACUUCUGUAUUCCCAGCUCCUACACCUGCUGCCCGGAUCUCGAGGGUGGAUGUGCCUCGACCGAUGUCUGUCAGAAGGGUGACAAUGAUGUCUAUGGCUGCUGCCCCAGUGGACGAACCUGCACUGGCGACGGUGAUGCAGAAUAUAUUGACAGCGCCACCGGUGCCUCUGGCACCUCAUCCUCAACGGCUUCGUCUUCAUCCUCGACUUCUUCCAAUGCCGCCGACUCAAUGGCUCUUAACAACGGUAUGCUCGUUGCAGCUGCCGCCGCCGGUUUCUACUUCGGACUGUAAACAACACCGCAUAUAACAUGACCGUCAUGGUCCGCCACAGAGUCUAUUCGCACGCAUACAGAGGAGACUUGUUCUCCAACUCACUAUCUGGCGGCUUGGAAAGAGCAUCGGGCAUCAUGAAUUAUUUUCGGCGUUGAUAUCAUUGGUGUAUGAUCUGAGGAAGAUGGUGCGAUUGGUUCAUUGAUAUCCUCUACAGUCUGGGGCUAUAAUUGUGCAUACAAUAACUAUUUCUAAAUCCGAUGUCCACUAUUCA